AGUGGGCGGAGCGAGGCCAGGCUAGGGUGAGCGGUCUCCCGAGCGGAGCGGGGCUCUCAGGAGGAGACACUUUUUUUUCCUCCCUCCUUCCCUCCUCUCCUCCUCCCUUCCCUUCCCCUCUCCUCCCCUCUCUCCUCCUUCCCCCCUCGGUCCGCCGGAGCCUGCUGGGGCGAGCGAUUGGUAUUGCCGGCGCUUACUCUCCGGGGCCGCCCGGCGGGUAGCUGGCGGGGGGAGGAGGCAGGAACCGCGAUGGCGCCUCAGAAGCACGGCGGUGGGGGAGGGGGCGGCUCGGGGCCCAGCGCGGGGUCCGGGGGAGGCGGCUUCGGGGGUUCGGCGGCGGUGGCGGCGGCGACGGCGUCGGGCGGCAAAUCCAGCGGCGGGGGCUGUGGAGGCGGCGGCAGUUACUCGGCCUCCUCCUCCUCCUCCGUGGCGGCAGCGGCGGGGGCCGCGGUGUUACCGGUGAAGAAGCCGAAAAUGGAGCACGUCCAGGCUGACCACGAGCUUUUCCUCCAGGCCUUUGAGAAACCAACGCAGAUCUAUAGGUUUCUUCGAACGCGAAAUCUUAUAGCGCCAAUAUUUUUGCAUAGAACUCUUACUUACAUGUCUCAUCGAAACUCCAGAACAAACAUCAAAAGGAAAACAUUUAAAGUUGAUGAUAUGUUAUCAAAAGUAGAGAAAAUGAAAGGAGAGCAAGAAUCUCAUAGCUUGUCAGCUCAUCUGCAGCUUACAUUUACUGGUUUCUUCCACAAAAAUGAUAAGCCAUCACAAAAUUCAGAAAAUGAACAAAAUUCUGUUACCCUGGAAGUCCUGCUUGUGAAAGUUUGCCACAAAAAAAGAAAGGAUGUAAGUUGUCCAAUAAGGCAAGUUCCUACAGGUAAAAAGCAGGUGCCUUUGAAUCCUGACCUCAAUCAAACAAAACCUGGAAAUUUCCCGUCCCUUGCAGUUUCCAGUAAUGAAUUUGAACCUAGUAACAGCCAUAUGGUGAAGUCUUACUCAUUGCUAUUUAGAGUGACUCGUCCAGGAAGAAGAGAGUUUAAUGGAAUGAUUAAUGGAGAAACCAAUGAAAAUAUUGAUGUCAAUGAAGAACUUCCAGCUAGAAGAAAACGAAAUCGUGAAGAUGGGGAAAAAACAUUUGUUGCACAAAUGACAGUAUUUGAUAAAAACAGGCGCUUACAGCUUUUAGAUGGGGAAUAUGAAGUAGCCAUGCAGGAAAUGGAAGAAUGUCCAAUAAGCAAGAAAAGAGCAACAUGGGAGACUAUUCUUGAUGGGAAGAGACUGCCUCCAUUUGAAACAUUUUCUCAGGGACCUACGUUGCAGUUCACUCUUCGUUGGACAGGAGAGACCAAUGAUAAAUCUACAGCUCCUAUCGCCAAACCUCUUGCCACUAGAAAUUCAGAGAGUCUCCAUCAAGAAAACAAGCCUGGUUCAGUUAAACCUACUCAAACUAUUGCUGUUAAAGAAUCGUUGACUACAGAUCUGCAAACAAGAAAAGAAAAAGAUACUUCAAAUGAAAACCGACAAAAAUUAAGAAUAUUUUAUCAGUUCCUUUAUAACAACAACACAAGACAGCAAACUGAAGCAAGAGAUGACCUGCAUUGCCCUUGGUGCACUCUGAACUGCCGCAAACUCUACAGCUUGCUCAAACAUCUUAAACUCUGCCAUAGCAGGUUUAUCUUCAACUAUGUGUAUCAUCCAAAAGGUGCUAGGAUAGAUGUUUCUAUCAACGAGUGUUAUGAUGGCUCCUAUGCAGGAAAUCCUCAGGAUAUUCAUCGCCAACCUGGAUUUGCUUUUAGUCGCAAUGGACCAGUAAAGAGAACACCUAUCACACACAUUCUUGUGUGCAGGCCAAAACGAACAAAAGCAAGCAUGUCUGAAUUUCUUGAAUCCGAAGAUGGAGAAGUGGAACAGCAACGAACAUACAGUAGUGGACACAAUCGCCUGUAUUUCCAUAGUGAUACUUGUUUACCUCUCCGUCCACAAGAAAUGGAAGUAGAUAGUGAAGAUGAAAAAGAUCCUGAAUGGCUAAGAGAAAAAACCAUUACUCAAAUUGAGGAAUUUUCUGAUGUUAAUGAAGGAGAGAAAGAAGUGAUGAAACUCUGGAAUCUCCAUGUCAUGAAGCAUGGGUUUAUUGCUGACAAUCAAAUGAAUCAUGCCUGUAUGCUGUUUGUAGAAAACUAUGGACAGAAAAUAAUUAAGAAGAAUUUAUGUCGAAACUUCAUGCUUCAUCUAGUCAGCAUGCAUGACUUUAACCUUAUUAGCAUAAUGUCAAUAGAUAAAGCUGUUACCAAGCUCCGUGAAAUGCAACAAAAAUUAGAAAAAGGAGAAUCUGCUUCCCCUGCAAAUGAAGAAAUCACUGAAGAACAAAAUGGGACAGCAAAUGGAUUUAGUGAAAUUAACUCAAAAGAGAAAGCUUUGGAAACAGAUGGUGUCUCAGGGGUUUCAAAACAGAGCAAAAAACAAAAACUCUGAAAAGAAAAGGCCUAACCCCAUGUUAUGGACAAACACUGAAAUUUCAUUCUAGGGAAUUCAGCCUCUAGGAAGAGUCUUGUUUUUGUUUUUAAUCAUAAGUUCCAAACAGGCACUGUCAGAUGAAGUAAAUGAUUUCAACAAGGAUAUUUUUAUCAGGGUUCUAUUUCACUUCAUUAUGCAG